GGAGGGACGACACAUUCACCGAGAGGAGCGCAGCGGCGGCACGUGGCUAUUACGCGAGGCCUCUGCGUCACACAGCGCGCUAAGAUGAAUGCUGCUGUUCUCCUGUUCGUGCCCUUCGCUGCGGUCUUCCUUGCGUGCGAAGCAGGUGACCCCUGCUGCUCCCAGCCGUGUCAGAACAGAGGAGUGUGUCUUUCGCAGGGACCGGACUCCUACGAGUGUGACUGCACCAGGACGGGCUUUUAUGGACAGAACUGCACAAUUCCUGAGUUCUUUACUUGGAUCAAGGUGUCAGUGAAGCCAGGUCCGAACACUGUACACUACAUCCUAACCCACUUCAAAGGACUAUGGGACAUCAUCAAUCGAAUUUCCUUUGUGAGGGAUGCCAUUAUGCGCUAUGUGCUCACAUCAAGAUCGCAUUUGAUAGACAGCCCCCCGACGUACAAUGUGGAUUACGGUUACAAAAGUUGGGAGGCUUUCUCCAACCUUUCUUACUAUACCAGGACGCUUCCCCCGCUACCCCGUGAUUGCCCAACAGCCAUGGGAGGUUCAGCACUUCCCGAUGCCAAAAUGGUGGUGGAGAAAGUUCUGCUGAGGAAAAGAUUCAUCCCAGAUCCACAAGGAACCAGUUUGAUGUUUGCCUUCUUCGCCCAGCAUUUCACACACCAGUUUUUCAAAUCGGACAUGUCUAAAGGACCGGCGUUCACCAAGGCACUUGGACAUGGAGUGGACCUGAGUCACAUCUAUGGAGACACUUUGGAGAGACAACACAAGCUGAGACUUUUUAAGGAUGGCAAACUGAAGUUUCAGGUGGUCCACGGUGAGGUGUACCCACCAACGGUCAGGGAGGCCCAAGUGCACAUGUUGUACCCACCUUAUGUGCCUGAGGAGCACCAGUUGGCUGUGGGCCAUGAAGCUUUUGGUCUGGUCCCUGGACUCAUGAUGUAUGCCACUAUCUGGUUGCGAGAGCACAACCGCGUCUGUGACAUCAUGCGUCGCGAGCACCCCAACUGGGAUGAUGAGCGCAUCUUCCAGACCGCCCGUCUCAUCCUCACUGGUGAGACCAUUAAGAUUGUCAUUGAGGACUACGUGCAGCAUCUGAGCGGCUACCACUUCAAGCUGAAGUUCGACCCGGAGCUGCUUUUCAGCCAGCGCUUCCAGUACCAGAACCGUAUUGCAUCUGAGUUCAACACGCUGUACCACUGGCAUCCGCUGAUGCCUGACGCAUUCCAUAUUCAGGACCAGGUCUACAGCUAUAAGCAGUUCACCUUUAACAACUCACUGCUGAUGGAACAUGGCGUGCGCAACGUGGUGGAAUCUUUCACCCGGCAAAUUGCCGGCAGGGUAGCUGGGGGUCAUAACGUCCCACCGGCCCUCAUGAUGGUAGCUGUCAAGUCUAUUGAACACAGUCGAGACAUGCGGUACCAGUCUCUGAAUGCCUACAGGAAGCGAUUCUCCAUGAGACCCUACAGCUCUUUUUCAGAUCUGACCGGAGAGAAGGAGAUGGCAGCAGAGCUGGAGAAGAUGUAUGGCCACAUAGACUCAGUGGAGCUGUACCCUGGACUCCUGGUGGAGAAGCCAAGGCCCAAUGCAAUUUUUGGGGAAACCAUGGUUGAAAUGGGGGCUCCUUUUUCCCUUAAAGGACUCAUGGGAAACCCCAUAUGCUCUCCAGAAUAUUGGAUGCCGAGCACCUUUGGGGGCAAAGUGGGCUUUGAGAUAGUCAACAGUGCCUCACUGGAGAAGCUGGUGUGUCAGAACAUCCAGGGGCCCUGCCCUCUGGUGUCUUUCAAAGUACCAGACACACAAGACUCCAUACAUACAACCAUCAAUUCCAGCAAAAUGGAAUUAGGGACCAGUGGCGUAAACCCCACUGUUAUACUCGAAGAGAGGACUUCUGAGCUUUAAAAAGAACCCCGGCCCCCAGAAAAUCUUUAGAUUUUUCACAGUCUGUCUCCACGUACCAUUCUUCAGUUGUGGAAGAUGCAGUGAAUUUGACAUGGGACCAGCCAGUUGCUAGAAAGUGGCGAGAAGGCAUUAGACAAUCACUGUGGAGCUGAGCAAGCGAGCAGGCUAUGCAACCUUGUUCACUCCACUUUCAAAGUGUGACAUACUUUUUUUGACAAUGUAUAAUAUUUGUUUAAUUUAUUUCUAUGUGUCUUAUUUAUAUAUUUAUUUAUAAAUUGGGGUCAUUUUUAUUCUUUUUUUUUUUUUUUUUUUCCCCCCAAGCUGGGGCACUGGAUAAUCCCCCUUGGGUGGCAGUAUUUAUUUAUUUAUUUAUGUAUUUAUUGUUACAUCAUAUGUGCAGUGUUAAUACUUGAACAAAUUGUCUUGUGGUAUAAUUCUUUAGUAAUGUGAAAUUUUAAGUAAUUUUUUUGUCAUAUUAAUAUAUUUUUCUGUGACUUUGAGUAAAUUAAGUUGAUUUCAAAAAUAAAAUGUAAAACUACAA